CCGAAACUACUCACUCCCACCACUGCUGAUGUAAUCCAGCAACAGCAGCACCACCAGCAUCUAUUUGACCGGGCGGCCAUUGUCGGUGUUACUCUGUUUUAGAUGUCUUUUCGAAAUGUUGACAACGGUUCCUUUUCUACUUACAAAUUUCAUGGAACAUGGCCAGCUGCUCUACGUGCCUUACUUCUUACAAAGUUGGGUGCUCCUGCUGCGAAUCAAAAGUGCCAUGAAGAUCAAAAGCAAUUUGCAAAUGACAGGUAAGUGUGUGAGGCUUAAAGUGAGCCGAUAUCCAUCUCAAAUCAUGUUUUUAAACAUGCCAACCUUGAAUACCGAACCCUUUGCUAGCUUCUGCGAUGAUUCCGGAGAGACGUCUGUAGCAACAGAUAGGGUGUUUUGCAGCUACAAGGCGCUUGCCCCGGUGACAGUUUUUGCAAUAUGUGAUCUACCGCUUGUCAAGUACAGGGCAUCAAGUACAGCCACAUCGGCAUUGGAUGGUUACGCAUGUCAGUUUUGGCCAAAGCAUUCACUUUCUAGCAAGAUUUCAGUGACAAAGAGCAAUUGCAAUAGAUUAUCAACCUAUCAAGUCAGCGGUAGAAACACGGGCACCAUCAGUGAUCUUUGA